UAUCGGGAGUUUCGAGCGAGUGGAAAUGUGGUUGAUUUGGGUUUGUGUGGUGAUAGCCUGGGCUGUUCUUCAGUAUCGCAAAUAUGUGAAGAAAUUCGACUUUGCCAAAGAUAUUCCUACGGUAGAAGGCAGUUAUCCCUUGAUAGGGAUCGGUUACAAAUUUUUGGGAAAGAACGAUUUACAAGUGUUUGAAAUUAUUCGGGAGCUGUUCCAGAGCAAAGAAAAGCUCCGCAAAACAUGGCUGGGUCCCUUGGGCUUAACUCUUUUUACCACCGAUGUGGACAUAGUGCAGCAGGUUCAUGCGAGUCCCGCGUGGUUGGACAAACCGUUUUUCUACGAAGUUUUGAACAUCGGAUAUGGACUGUUUACGUCGCAAACUGAGCGAUGGAAAAGUCAGCGAAAGGCGCUGAAUCCGUCCUUCAAUAUCAAAAUUCUGGAGGGUUUCAUACCUUUGUUUGAUAAACAUGCUGGAAAUUUGGUCAGACGUUUGGAGCAUAUCCCUGAGGGUGCAACUUUCAACGCGUUGCCUUAUAUGAUGCAGCUGAACAUGGCAAUGAUCUUGGAUACCAGCCUAGACUACAGUGGAGAUGAGCUGGAUGAAAUCGAUAAGCUGGCUGACUACAUAGCAAGAUUCUUCGAGAAUGGCGGGCAAAGAUUUACGAACUUUUUCCAUUAUUUCGAUUGCAUUCACCGUUUCUCUGAAAAUUAUCGUGAAUCCAAGGCAAUCAGGAAAUAUUCUGACGAACAAGUGAAAAAGUUAAUUCAAAGCACGAUAAACCACUAUCAAUUCCCGAAGGCCAAUGCAGAGCCCGAAGAUAAGUACAACGUUCCUCAAAUUUUCGUCCGGGCACUGUUUUCAAACAAAGUGAGAAAAUUUGAUGAAAAGGAAAUCUACGACAAUUUGAUAACCAUCUCCGGUGCAGCAACGGACACGGCGGCAUCGAUCAUGAGCAGCACCUGUCUAUCGCUGGGCUUUUACCCGGAAUGGCAACAAAAACUGGUUGAAGAAAUGCGAACCGUGUUUCCGUCGGAGGCCAUCGAGUUCACGCUCGAAUCGUUGAAGCAGCUGGAGCUGACCGAGAUGUUCAUAUACGAGGUUAUAAGACUUUACCCGGUGGGUCCUAUGGUUUCGCGGCGGAGCUCCGAAUCAUCCGUCAUCAAUGGGAUCCGGAUUCCGGCGGGUGUCACAAUGGUGAUGCACAUUUUCAACUUGCAUCGACGUGAGGAUAUUUGGGGCCCGGAUGCGCUUCAGUUCAAUCCGUAUCGAUUUGCCAAAGAGGUACCACGAGCAUUUUUUGGAUUUAGCGCCGGUUCCAGGAGUUGUAUAGGAUACAGGUACGCCAUGAUGAGCAUGAAAAUCGUUUUGGUGCAGUUGCUGCGUAAGUAUAGAAUAACAACGCAAAUGCGACCGGAGGAUAUACGAUUCAAGCUGGAAUCGAUGCUCCGAUUCGCCGAUGGACACAUGAUUCAGUUGCAGAAACGAUCAACUGAAGUCGAGGAAACAGUUUGAAGGGGUUAGACGAAAAGUACUCAAAAUACCCAGUAUCACGUCAGGGGUAAACCAUCGGAUGGUAUUUCCAAUAGAAUUAAAGUUUCUUUAUAAGAUAUCUUAAGUUUGAGUAAUAAAUAAUUCCCAAUUAGGACUCUUCCUGAUUUGGUUUUAUAAGUGUA